UUAAAAUAACCUCAAAGUAGCUACUUUAUUUUGUAUUAUCUGAAGAUUUGUUUUUUGAAGUAAAAAGUAAGUUAAAUAAUGUCUAGAGAUUAUGAAGAGGAUCAGAAAAAUGAGCUUGAAGCACUCGAGUCUAUAUAUUUCGAAGAACUCGAAAUAUUGGACGAAGAAAAAAGAAAUAAAUUCAAAAUAAAUGUUUAUACAGAGGGAUUUCGAGAAGAACAGGAUGGUUUAUGCUGCAAUCUUGUAUUUACUUAUACGCCUAAAUAUCCAGACGAUAAGCCAAUUGUCGAAAUAGAAGAAGAAAUCAAUUUUGAAUCUAAUAUUAAGCAGAAAGUUGAGGAUGCAAUUAAUUCGUGCAUCACCGAGAAUUUAGGUACUGAGAUGAUCUUUAGUGUCGUAGGAUGUACACAGGAAUUAUUGAAUUCCUUAUUUGAUCAGAUUAAAAUUGAACGGGAGGAACAACGCGAAAAAAAACAGCGAGAAAUCGAGGAAAUAGAACAGAAAAAGUUUGAAGGUACAAUUGUAUCAGUGGAGAGCUUUAUGAACUGGAGAAAUUUAUUCGAGGCUGAAAUGGGAAUUGCUGAAAAGCGAGCUAAAGAAAAUGAAGCAAAUAGAAAACUUACUGGACGAGAGCUAUUCUUAAAAGAUCAAUCACUCCUUGAUUCCGAUAUUCGCUUCCUUACUGAAAAUGGUGAUUCAAUAGAAAACGUUAAAAUCGAUGAAAGUCUAUUCCAAAAUAUGGAUCUGGAAGAAGAUUUGCCUUCUGGUGACGAAUCUGAUGAUCCAGACUGGAAGCCGACAUAA